AAUUACCUAAACAUGUGGCAGCUUAUGGUUUGCUUGGGUUCACCUUUCAAAGUGGGGACAGAUAAGCGUGGAUGUUUUGGAUACAAAUUGCGGUGGUGAUUGAACAAGCAUCAGUUUUGCCAGGUGCGCUACAAGUAGGUAAUUUGUGUCUCUUGGCUUGGGGAGAUUCAGAUUGAUGAAUGCUUUGUGUUGGAGUUUUGAUGUAUGUAUGUAUGUAUGAAUAUGAAUAUGAUGGGGCUGAAUUAAUUAGCACACGAUGUACUUAAUGACGUGGUAAGUAAGAAGAAUAAGGUUCUUCUUCCUUGGAAUAUAUAAGCGUACUGGAGGCUUCUUUUCAGUUUUGGAUUUUAUUAGAGCCUGCGGUACUCUUGUGUGCGUCUUGUAGCUCAACAGAUAUAUAUGACGAAGGAGAUGAACCUGAAGAUCAAUCAUGAUUGUCAAGCUGUAAGCAACGGUGGCGCAGCUUCUGAUGCCGACACCGUCUCAAGCUCCAGAGUUUCAUCUCUCCUGGCCUCCAAAGAUCGUGACUUUCUUCUUUCUCCAACUGGAAAUCAGGUGAAAGUUUGUGAUCUUGAGGGGAAGAUCAUAGGGCUCUACUUCUCAGCCAACUGGUACCCGCCAUGCUGGAACUUCAACCAAGUCCUGGUUGGCAUCUAUGAGCAGCUCAAGAGUAGUGGGUCUAAUUUUGAGAUUGUGUACAUCUCGUCUGAUGAAGACGCCGAUGCCUUUAACAUCUACCAUGCAUGCAUGCCAUGGCUGGCCAUUCCCUUCUCUGAUUUGGACACCAAGAAAGCUUUGAACCGUAGGUUUGACAUAGAAGGCAUUCCCAGCUUGGUUAUUUUACAGCCUAACGAUAAUAAAGACGAGGCCACACUGCGCGAUGGAGUUGAACUUAUUUACCGCUACGGGGUGGAAGCCUUCCCUUUUACAAAACAAAGGUUGGAAGAAUUGCAAGAUGAGGAGAGAACGAGGCAUGAGAACCAAACUUUGACAAAUUUACUAACAAACCACGACAGAGACUAUCUUUUGGGUCACCCCACGCCUAAACAGGUGCCUGUUACUUCAUUGGUAGGCAAAACAAUUGGACUCUACUUCUCAGCUCAUUGGUGCCGUCCAUGCGUUAAUUUUACUCCUCGGCUGAUCUCCAUCAACCAGAAGAUUAAGGAGCAAAUGCUGGUAGAUGGAGAGGACUUCGAGAUAGUAUUUGUGUCCAGUGAUCGUGACCAAGCAUCGUUCGACUCCUACUUCGACACCAUGCCAUGGCUAGCGUUGCCUUUUGGAGAUCCAAACAUCAAACAACUUGUCAAGCAUUUUGAUGUCAAAGAUAUCCCUUGUUUGGUAAUUUUAGGGCCUGACGGUAAAACCGUGACCAAGCAGGGUAGAAAUCUCAUCAACUUGUACCAAGAAAACGCCUAUCCCUUCACCGAGGCAAAAUUGGAACUGCUGGAGAAAAAAAUGGAUGAGGAGGCUAAGAGCCUCCCUAGGUCGGUGUACCAUGGAGGGCACCGGCACGAGCUUAAUUUGGUAUCGGAAGGCAACGGAGGAGGACCCUUUAUAUGCUGUGACUGUGAUGAACAAGGAUCAGGUUGGGCUUACCAAUGUCUUGAAUGUGGAUAUGAGGUGCACCCCAAAUGUGUGACUCUGACUGUUGCAGCCAAUAGCAACAGGUGAUUCAGUUAAGCGUUGUGUGUGCGUGCCUUUGUGCUGAUGCUACUAAUUAAACUUGAGCUGUAUUAUAUAAUUUCUGAUAUUCGUUUGUUAAUUAAGAUUUGAGAUUGGGAUUCCCUUUGAAUCAUUUAUAUAUGUAAUGUGGUUCUCAUUUCUCAAGUAAUUAAUUGGCACUGAAAUUAUUGGGUGUGAUCA